AUGAAUGACAAACGUAGUGAUCCUGUCUUUUAUGAUAAUUCAAGUGGGUAUUAUCUGCCUCCACCUGAUGUGAUUCAAGUGCCUUGGGAUAAUGAUGAUUUUACAUUGUGUCUUGAUAAUUUUUCAUCUAAGCGAAUCAUUGGUAGUAAAUAUGUCAAAUAUCCAACCACAGCCUCUCCUUUGCGUCGGCAAUGGCGUUCUUCCCAUACUUCCUCAGAUGUUCCUCACGAAAACGACAAGGAAGAAAACAAGAGUAAGAAAUCCAUCACUUUACCUGGUGUCGACGAAGAAAAAAAAGAUGAAGCUUGGAUCUUAUCAAGAAAACCAGUGAUCACAAAGAAAAAGCGUCUGGUCAAACCAACAGACGAUACAUUUCCCUACAACAACAGUAGCCAUCUUGCCCAUCAUCGCGUUGACAACAAACUAAAAAAAAAGCCCAUCAAGGUUGCUAUCCCUCGACAACCAAGUCAGCGUGCUGAACAUGUAUCUCCACUUUUGGAUUCAUCCAUUAUACUCAAAGACGAAAAUGAUAUCUUUCAUACUUCGCCACAGCUCUCGCCUCGUAUCUCUUUUGCAAGGAGGAACUCAAAUGCGUCUUCGUGUCUGCCUAGUAUUGCUUCUGUCUCGAGCUUUAAUCUGUCUCAAAGUCAAAGUGAAUCAUGGAAAGUAACUCAACAAAGACCAUGGAGAAGCAAUUCACCUAUUAUUGUCUCUACCACACCUACUAUCUACAGUAGACCCAAUACACCUAUCAAGACCAUGAAACUCAACCACAAGACAAGUGCGCUUUCUGCAGAACCACCCAGGUCCAAUACAAGUGCUUCGACGGAACACAAAGUCAUGCCUAAAAAAACAGAGGCCUUUUAUGCAAACAGAACCUCUUCUGUUUAUUCCAGUCGAGACUCUUUGUCAAGCAAACCAAGGACUUAUUCAGGUUAUUUUAAUCCUACGUUUUCUCUCUUGAACAAGAAAGCAAAGAGAAGAAAUAGUCAAAAAAAAAAGUCUUUAGGUCUUUUCUCAAAACUUGUCAAGAAUUUAAAGCAUCAUUUUGUCAAGACACAAUAA